CAAAGAUCCUUCAAUUAUAAAAAAUAUAAAGAGAAAACUUAUUGUUUUAAAAAAUUAUCAAACUAUUGCAGAGUAAUUAUUCAAGAAAUUGACGAAACAAUACAUAAAGUGCAGACUAAGGAUGUCAAAUAAUAAAGAAAUAGCUUCAUCAUCACUACCAACAGCACCAGAAUCCAUUAAUGAAGUAGCAUCAGGUGGAUAUAAUUAUCGCCCACCACCACCAUCUUAUGAAGAAAGUCAAAGGAUGUAUACUUCGUCUGCUGCAAAUGUAGCACCAAAGCAAAUGUCGUCCAAUUCAUAUAUGCCAUCAUAUGCUACUAACAAUUCGCCACACCAAAUACCGACAACCAACUACAUACAAAAUUACGCAGCAUCGCCGCCACCACCACCACAAUACUAUCAGCACCACUAUGUCAGCGCAACUUGUCCACCAACAUUUAGUGUUCCAAAUGAGCCACAUGUAUUAUCCUUGGCUCCAGGUGCAAAAAUACGCACAACAUCUGCAGGAGCAGUAAGCAUACCCCCACCUCCACCAGGCUGUGCUCCAACAGCGGCACAAUAUGCACUUAUGCAGGGUCAGCCCGUUCUAGUAAAGAAAACGAAGCGUUCGUUUUUCUAAAUUAUAGAAAGCGCUCACAUACUAAUUUUAGGCAGAGGACAAAGCGUGGUAUACUUCUGAGCGAAUAUAUGAGAGAUGUCUAGUUUGCGUUUACACUAAAACUGAAGGCUUUAAUACGAUUAAUAGUUUGUGUUCUUAUAUAUCUGUAUAUGUGCAUAUGCUACGUGU